AUGUCCACAGACACUAAUUUACCUGGUUCGACACUCAUUCGUGCGCGAUCACCCCAUCCUCUUGAGUCGGAGACCCCCAUAGUAAAGCAUCCAACGGACAAUCCAAAUUCUAUGGAGCUCGCAGAGCUUGGGAAGCGGAAUGACUUAUCUACUUCGGCUAGCUUGGCAGAGCGUGCUAAAACCCCUGAUUCCCGACUGCAGAAAGUCCACAAGCAUCGCGCGCGCAUCCAAUUUGCGGUGAUGUGUUUCUCCUUGUUCAUGGCAGGGUGGAACGAUGGAACCACAGGACCUCUCCUUCCGCGCAUGCAGAAGGUCUAUCAUGUCGGCUUCGCUGUGGUAUCGCUCAUAUUCGUCUUUGCCUGCUUGGGCUUCGUAACUGGUGCUACGGCAAAUGUUGCCCUCACUGACAGAUUUGGCUUCGGGACGGUUAAUCGCCUUCAUGGACUACUCGCGUCAGGGUCCGUUGCCCAGAUGAUAGGCUACGCCAUCGAAUCAUCUGCUCCGCCUUUCCCUGCGUUCGUGCUCGGCUACGCCGUCAACGGAUUCGGCAUGACGCUGGCGCGAAUGGGAUUUGGGGCACUAUGCUCUCCUCUUGUUGCUACACAAUUUUCCCAAUUACCGAGAUGGUCUUUUCACUACCUCAUCUCACUCGGCAUAGCCUUCAUCAAUACCGUCCUGCUUGCCGUCGUACUACGCUUCCGCACCCAGAAUGAGUGUCUCGCGGCGAUUGGUGAAGAUCUACCUCAGACCGGCGCUCCGGGCGACGGCGCCCAUAUGACGGGCGGUGCUGCGAACGACUCUAGCAAAAGCAAAUACAAGCAAAUGUUCCGGCUGAAGGAGCUGCAUCUGCUUGCGCUCUUCAUUUUCAUUUACGUCGGGAUAGAAGUCACUGUAGGAGGUAACUGGUUGUGCAUUCUGCCCCACAUCAUUGCUCAGGCUCUGCUACAAGGAUGGAUUGUUACCUACGUCAUUGAAGUCCGCUCCGGGGGUCUCACGCUUGGACGCGUAGCCCUCUUAUGGGUAAAUAAGACCACACCGAUCGUCCCCCAGGUCGGCGAGCGACGCGUCUUGUUUAUAUAUUCUCUUCUUGCCAUUGGGUACGAGACUCUCAACAGAAAACAUCCGAGUUCUGACACUUACAUUGCUCUCACGCGCAGCCUUGAGCUUGUCGUCUGGCUCGUUCCGUCGCUGAUCGGUGGUGCCGUCGCCGUCUCGCUCGUUGGCGUCCUGCUUGGCCCCAUCUACCCGAUUGCAAUGAACCACUCCGGGCGCGUGUUUCCUCAGUGGCUGCUCACGGGUUGCAUCGGGUGGAUAGCGGGCAUCGGACAGGCGGGCUCCGCGUUUUUGCCGUUCCUGACGGGAUUGCUCGCGAGCAAAGAGGGCAUCUUAACUUUGCAACCUUUGUUGGUGUCGAUGAUGGGUGCGAUGGUCGUGCUUUGGGCGAUAGUCCCUGGCCACGCGCCUAGGGUUGAUUGA